GAGCAUAGAAAACAGUCCAUGAAAAACCCCCAGAAUAUCUAAGGUUGCUGUACCCUGCUGCAAUGUUGCCCCGGCUGGUCUGCAUCAGUGAUUAUGAAGAACACGCCAGAUCAGUGCUUCAAAAGUCAGUAUAUGAUUAUUAUAAGUCUGGGGCAAACGAUCAGGAGACCUUGGCUGAUAAUAUUAGAGCAUUUUCUAGGUGGAAGCUGUAUCCACGGAUGCUCCGGAAUGUUGCUGAUAUCGACCUGUCGACUUCUGUUUUAGGACAGAGGGUCAGCAUGCCAAUAUGUGUUGGGGCGACUGCCAUGCAGUGCAUGGCUCAUGUGGAUGGGGAGCUGGCCACUGUCAGAGCCUGUCAGACCAUGGGAACAGGCAUGAUGCUGAGUUCCUGGGCCACCUCCUCAAUAGAAGAAGUGGCAGAGGCUGGCCCCGAGGCACUUCGUUGGAUGCAGCUAUACAUCUACAAAGACCGUGAGGUCAGCAGGCAGCUAGUGAAGCGAGCUGAGCAGACGGGUUACAAGGCGAUAUUUGUGACUGUGGACACCCCUUACCUGGGCAACCGCUUCGAUGAUGUGCGUAACAGAUUCAAGCUGCCGCCACAACUCAGGAUGAAGAACUUUGAAACCAAUGAUUUGGCAUUUUCUCCUAAAAGGAAUUAUGGAGACAACAGUGGACUUGCUGAAUAUGUGGCACAAGCCAUAGACCCAUCUCUCAGCUGGGAUGACAUCAAAUGGCUCAGACGAUUGACAUCGCUGCCUAUUGUUGUAAAGGGCAUCUUGAGAGGCGACGAUGCUAGAGAAGCUGUGAAGCAUGGUGUGGACGGGAUCUUGGUGUCCAAUCACGGGGCGAGACAACUGGAUGGCGUGCCAGCUACUAUUGAUGCCCUGCCAGAAAUCGUCGAGGCUGUGGAAGGGAAGGUGGAAGUCUUCCUGGACGGAGGUGUAAGGAAGGGCACUGAUGUUCUCAAAGCUCUGGCCCUGGGAGCCAAGGCUGUGUUUGUGGGGAGACCCAUCAUAUGGGGCUUGGCUUUCCAGGGAGAAAAAGGUGUUCAGGAUGUCCUUGAGAUCCUGAAGGAAGAAUUCCGGCUGGCCAUGGGUCUCAGUGGGUGCCAGAAUGUGAAAGUCAUCGACAAGACAUUGCAGGUUGUGAUCCACCAUGGAGCCUUGGCACAGGAUACUGAUCUCUUCUCCCAUUGCUGCGUGUCCGGGGUGUUCCCAUGAUGUGCUUUGUUCUGGAAGUAGCGUCUCCUUUUCAUGAAUGCAAACGCAGUAUGAUUUUAUGCCUUCUCCAGAAAAAGCUAUCCAGUUUGAACAUGGAGAAAGUCAUCUAUGGAGAUACGGCUGUCAUCUGGUUCAAGAGCCCUCAGUUCCCACUCUCUGUAACAUCUUGUCCUUACAGUUGUUUGUUUCUCUCAUGGCUGGAAGAGUUCUCCCACCCGGCUACAGACUUAUGCCUGGGGCCUCUAUCGUUUGGGAUGGCUGCCAACAGAAAUCUCCAGAAUUUCCUUUGCUUAAGCUUGCUUAUAUUCUGCUACCUGGAAGAGUGUGGGUGUGAAAUAAACUUCCUCCUGACGACUGGGUUUGGGCACCCAGCUCUCAGGCCCGUAAGGGUGAAUCCAGUGGGCCUGAUGCUCCUAGCGUGCCAUUUGCACGCCACAUCUGUAUCCUAGCUGUGUUAUUCAUUUGAUUGUUUAUCUGGCCCAAACCUUGAUGUUUGGGAAACAGCUUGAAAGGGCUGCGGUCCAUUAGGAUAGCAUGAAAGGAAGUUGUGGCUUGUUCUCAAAGAAGAAGGGAAGAGUUUUUCCCUUCUCUGUAAAAUUCAUAAUUUAUUUAUGUGCACUGUGUUGCAUGUAAGUCGCAUAGCAACAAAAUAAAGUCUGGGUAUGGAAGUCUGAGGGUUUCACAUUGCAUAAAGAUGGAGGGCAUACUCUGGCUUUGUACUCGUUUAUAGUGUGCACCACGUCACUUGCCAAUUAUAGAAAGACUGCAGGGUGGCAAUUUAUUUUAGGUAUUAUGUUAACCCAAGUGAUACAAGGACAUUGUUAUAUGUUUAUAUGAUGGGAAACUUUCAUCCAUUCUAAAGAAUACAAUUUCCUGGCCUUAUCCAAAUCUAACUUGUGCAAUAGGGCUCUUCUCUUUAAUUGGAUUGUCCAUAGACAGCUGAGGGAAAAGAAAAAGAUGCUUCCACGGACAAGUCAUUUCCUGUUUGCUUCACUAAGGAUAAUUGUCCCAAACUAGAUAAUGAUCAGGUUCCACUGAAAAGUUCCCAGAUUCUUCUAAAAAUCAGGAAUUGGGGAAACCUAGAUACAGAAAUGAGAGUUGGGGUUUCUGAAAGCCACAUUGCCUGAUUUCCCUUUCUCCUUUGAUGCAGUCUUUAGCCCAGCGUCCUACCUGUUUUCCCUCAUAGAAUCAUUUAUCUUUGGCUGAUUUGUUUUCCUCUGCAGCUAAGCUUGCGUUUGUCCCCAACAGUAGUAUUGAUGGAGUAACGGGCAGGAAGAGCUUUUGCAUCACAUGCUACAGUUUCCUUAACACAAUCACGGCAUGAAAGCCAAGGUUAGCUUGUCAGGAAGCCCUGGAUUAGGAUAGUGAGGACCUAAGUGCCUGGCCCGUGAACCAUAAUUCAGCCCGAGACCCCCUCUAAUCUCAGCUGUGAAAUGAGAACCAGUGUCUGCACAGAACAUCAGGUUAUUAUGAACAUAACAGGAAGAAAUAGAAGAAAAUGUGGAUUGUAAAACAAUCUUAAAAGGGAAAUCUUAUUAACAAUCACUAGUAAUAUGGGAGGUGGUUUAACAAAUGCCAAUGUGUCUUUUAUGUUUAUUGAGAAUUGACUUUGCUGUAUGAAUAAUUAUCUAAAAAUUUAAACAAAUCAACAGAAAAGAAUAAAAAUUAUCAAAUAUUUUAUUGCAGGAAAAUAACCUAUUUGUGUUAGAGCUACCGUCUCAGAAUGGGUAGAUAAUAGGCAGGGAUGUCUUUCCUAAAACAGGGCUUUAUGUUGUGUUAUAUUUAAAUAAAAUGUUCAUUUGAUUUUAGUGUGAAUUUAGUAGAAGAGAACAUGAAAUAUAAGAGGAUAUUUUUAAAAUUAAACUGCUUCCCUUCUAAAAAGAGAUGCUAUAGCUUUCAAUUCACUCCCUGUAUAUUUUACAAUUAUAAAAACUUAAGAGUCUGGGGUAGUUUUUGGCUUACGGCACACACAUUUCAAUUUCAGACCGUAUUGGUUGACCUACGGCAGUAAAUAGGUAAUGAGACUCUCAUACCUCUUCCUCUGUUUUCUUCCAAUUUUGUGAGCAAGUUUUUACAUUGUCAUAUACUACCAAACACAUGGCUUUGUAUCAGUAAGGCCAGUCCCCCACAGCAGCUCUUUCCCAUCUUUCCUAGGCUCUGGUCCUUCUCUGAUACACGUGGUUUUUGGAUUCACUGACUAACUGUUGACUGGAAGAAUGACAACAUCCAAUGUGCUUCUGUAUGUUUAAAAAUCUAGAGCCAUAGAUUUGUUUGUCUAUGUGUCUGGCGAUAUCACUGACCAGCAGGAUGUGAAGACAGACUGUAAGGCGUGAUGUAUGUGUGAGUUGUUACCAAAGCAGGAGGAAGGAGAACAUGUGACGUGUGGUGUGAUAACAGCUUUGGGAAGCCAAGAAGGAAUGAAAACGUACGUGACACAGAAUGAAGAACGUUUAGCAAAGAGAACAAAGCCCCGUGAGCCAAAUAGCAAAGUAG